GGGAGUGACGCAGUUAUUACAGAUGCCCAACGUCUCUAUUAAAUCUACAGGAAUUCAAAUCUCUAAUCUGUAGAUAUAUGUUUUAUCCUUUGAGAAUAAAUAGUGAUUUAAAAUAAAAACAGAAGAUUUGUUGAACGGCUCUGCUCGUGAUAUUCUAAUGCCGUUGAUGUUGGAGGUUGCUGCUUUCCACCUCGAGGAUUAGAUGCGGUAGCCAGCACGAGAUAUGCCGCAGCCCAAAUCACGAAAAAUCGCCAUCCUCGGGUACAGAUCCGUAGUUUUGAAGUAGUUCAGGUUAUCCAUGAAAAACUUCUGGAUAUGGUGGGGAAAGCUCAAGUACCUAUUAUAUUGGUGGGGAAUAAGAAGACCUGCACAUGGAACGGGUGAUCAGCUAUGAGGGAAGGAAGGCCCUAGCAGACUCCUGGAACGCUGCCUUCAUGGAGUCCUCAGCUAAGGAGAAACCAGGUGAAGGCAUUUUAACUUC